AAAGAUUAGUUGUUUUUAAUUAAAAUAUAUUUAUAGAUUUCAAGCUUCCAACUUCCAUGUCCUCAUCAUCUUCCUCCUCAUUCCCUCCCUUCUUCCUUUUCAAAUAUCACAUUCCAAAUCUGAAUAUAAAUUUCCAUUUUCAUAUUCUUUUUCCUUUUUAGGUUGAAAUGAUUUACCAGAACAGAACAACAUAACCAACAACAAUAGACAAACCACCACAAACCAACACUGUUCUCAACACACCUAUACUGCUCACAACACACCAAAAUCAUACCCAACAAUGCAAUUUCAGGGAACCAUCAUCAUUGCCUUUCUCUUCUCUACAACUUUUUUGUUCAGUUUCUCCACUUCUCUGCAGGAGGGGCAAACAUGUGUAGCAGAUAGGAACUGCGAUUCAGGGUUGCACUGCGAAACCUGUUUGGCAAAUGGAAAUGUACGGCCGCGGUGCACCAGAAUUCAGCCCAUAAGCCCAACUUCAAAGGUGAAGGGAUUGCCGUUCAAUCGGUACUCGUGGCUGACAACCCAUAAUUCGUUUGCUAGAUUGGGAGUGAGAUCAGCUACUCGGUCUAUACUUCUAACCCCCAUGAAUCAGCAGGACUCCAUUACUGAUCAACUCAAUAAUGGUGUGAGAGGGUUGAUGUUAGAUAUGUAUGACUUUCAGAAUGACAUCUGGUUGUGUCACUCCUUUGGUGGAAAGUGCUACAACUUUACAGCUUUUCAACCAGCAAUUAAUGUUUUGAAAGAGGUUCAAGUAUUUCUUGAAGCAAAUCCUUCAGAAAUCAUCACUAUUAUAAUUGAGGACUAUGUUUCAUCACCAAAUGGCUUGACAAAUGUGUUUAAUGCUGCUGGCCUGAAGAAAUAUUGGUUUCCUGUAUCUCGAAUGCCAAAAAAUGGUGGAGAUUGGCCAACUGUUGAUGAUAUGAUUCAGAAGAAUGAGCGUCUAGUGGUUUUUACUUCAAAAUCAGCUAAGGAAGCUUCUGAAGGAAUUGCCUAUGAAUGGAGAUACGUAGUAGAAAACCAAUAUGGAGACGGUGGGAUGAUAGCUGGUUCAUGUCCAAACCGUGCAGAGUCACCUGCCAUGAACACAACAUCAAGGUCGCUAGUAUUAGCGAAUUACUUUCCUGAUAGACCAGAUGUAACCCAAGCUUGCAAGCAUAAUUCUGCUCCCUUGAUAGAUAUGGUGAACACAUGUUAUGCUGCAGCAGGUAAAAGAUGGCCUAACUUCAUUGCAGUUGACUUUUACAAGAGAAGCGAUGGUGGGGGAAGUCCAGAAGCUGUAGAUAUUGCAAAUGGUCAUCUGGUCUGUGGUUGUGGAAAUAUUGCCUCUUGCAAGCCAAAUAUGACCUUUGGAGUAUGUAAUGAGCCUGUGGCUGAGGUUGCUCCAGUCCCUGGUGCUGCAGAUUCCAGCUUUGCUUAUUUGGAUGAAAGACCAGUUCGCCUACGGUGGCUGCUUGGGGCAAUUCUGGUGGUGUUUUCCUUAUCAUUAUGAACAUAAAUUCUGUAACUUUUAUGUUCUGAUUAUGCACCAAUGAGGGAUUAAAAAACCAAAUCCUUCUAACCAGCAGCAACUUAUUUAAAAUAGUGUGUAGUUCUCAAUGGGAUUCAUGUGAUUGACACUGUCAGUAAAGAAGAAUGUAGUGCUAUUCUAGCUUUGUUUAUUUAGAUUCAA